AAAAUACAAAUCAAACAGAUCCAUGUCGCGCAAUCACUCACUCGCUCUCACCUUCAGUCAUCACUGUGCGUCUGUAUAAUUUUGAUUUCGCCGGAGAGAGAUGGGCCGUACAAUAUCACAGCAAGCUUUCGACGACACGGUCAGGGAAAACAUAGAAGAUCUAGGCAUGGACCCCACCGAAGCCCUUCAAGACGCCGUUGAAACUCUCACUCUCCAAGGCGUCGAUCUCUCCGGUAUUGUUACUUGUGCUCCUGGGGAGACUAAUCCAGUGAUCCAGUGUUUGGAUAAACUUAAGCAAUUUAAAAUUGAUGAUUUUAGAAUUAAAGUUGAGUUUGAGUUGGAGGAGCAAUUGGAUCGACUUACGGAACUGUGUCGUGUUGAGGGAUCGGGUAAUGCUGCUAUUGCAACUAGAAAUGGUGCUUUGGAAUUGGUGUGUUUGAUUUGUUCCCAACUUCCUAGUGGUUGCGCGGGGCAGCUUUCGGCUCUCAACGCUAUGGCGUUGUUACUUCAUGAUCUUCAGUGUACUGAAAUAUUUCGACGUAGCAAUGGACCAAAGGUUGUGGUGCGCAUUCUAAAUGAUGGAAGCGAUAAUGUUGCAGUAUUGAGUAGUGGUUUUGCAGUUGUUGCUGCGGCGGCAACUGGUAAUGAGGUCCUCAAGGAACUAUUUAUGGACCUGAAAAUUGAUGAGCUUAUGGUUAAAGUGUUGAAAGAAGAGAAGAUUGAGACUAUUUCUAGUCUUUAUGAUGCUAUUCGAGUUCUGUUAACGGCUGAUGAUAAUCGUGUUGUGGCUUCCCAAGUUUUUGGUUAUGCCCGAAGAUUUGCAAAGACUGGAAUUGCUAAAGCUCUCGUGCGUUCGCUUCGUGAUGGGAUCCGUUCAACAAGUCUUGUAUCUGCAAGCAUUGCAUUAAAGGCUGUUGCUGUCAAUGAUGAGAUAUGUAGGUCUGUUGCUGAGAGUGGUGGUAUAGAUGCAAUUCUCUGUUGCAUCGAUGAUAGCGGUGAACAGAGAAACCAAAUUGUGGCACAAACUCUAUGUUCACUGUUGAAUAAGUUGGCAGGUAGUGAUGCAAAUAAGAAUACUAUUGUUGCGAAUGGAGGUAUGGACAAGCUUAUUACACUAGCAACCAGAUUCUCUGACGAUCCAUUUGUUCUGCAAGAGGUUAUGUCUAUUAUAUGUACCCUCUCCUUAAGAGCACCGGACAAUGCAACUCGUGCUAUUGAAGCUGGAGCAGGAGACCUUGCCAUACGAGUUAUGAAUGAGUUUCCUGAAGUACCUCAGCUUCAGAAACAUUCGUGUCUGAUGAUUCGGAAUCUUGUGGUUAGAAAUCCAGAGAACAGAACUCUUUUACUUGGUAACGGUAUUGAGAAGAUCAUACGGACAGCCAAGAGAAAUCAUCCAAGCUGCCGAACUGCUGCCACAGAUGCUCUCAGGGAUUUAGGACUCGACAACUACAAUGCAUAGAUAACAUUUACGGAAGUUUAAAUUUUUUGCACACGGCUCGGUCUUUGUUGGAUGUGCGUGAGGUAGGCCACUUGUAUUAUAUGAUAUAUUUCUGCAAACAUUAUGUUGGGAAAUAGGCAAUGGUUUAUUCUUCAAGCUGCAAUGUAAUAUUGCAUGUACGGUGCAAAUGGUUGAUUGAUCAACCAGGUGUGAAUUGUGAUUUUAAUUGAUUGCUGUGUGUUGGGGAAGCAGCACAAUCUGAAAAGCCAGGAAGUACAGAAGUGGAUUUAAAUUUGAAUCAUUUCAACAUA